ACUCGAAUAUUUUAAGUCGCGCUGCAAUCGAAAUGUUGAUUGUCAAACAGAAGAAGAAUAUGUGUAUAUUAAAUUAUAACCUCAAAAGUAUUGUGAAAUAGUUGACACUUGCCUGCACACAAUUGAGUGAAAGUAAUAUUUUUAUUGAUGCUGUAAAUAAUCAAUCCUAACAAUUGAAAAUUUAAACGAUCUUUCAUAAUUCUUUGUUCAAUACUUUAGCAGAAUGGGUGAACGUUAUAAUAUUUACAGUCAAUUAGAGCAUCUUCAAUCAAAAUAUAUUGGGACAGGACAUUCAGACACAACUAAAUUCGAAUGGCUCGUUAAUCAAAACCGAGAUUCAUGCAGUUCAUUCAUGGGUCAUUAUGACCUUUUAAGUUAUUUUGCCAUAGCUGAGAAUGAAACCAAAGCUAGAGUAAGAUUUAACCUGAUGGAAAAAAUGUUACAGCCUUGUGGACCACCGCCUGAAAAACCAGAAGAUUGAGACAAUAAAAAUAUGAUGUUUAUUAUGACUGAUUAUAAAAUAAUUACAAUAUAAAAA